CAUCAAUCCACUCUUCAUCGUAUCCUUAUUACUCGUGCUCCGAAAGGCUUCUUUUAAAGCCUUGACUACAGAACGACAUUUUGGAGCUUCCUUGAAUACAAACUCCUUGAUGUUUACUGUGACUGAUUUGGCGUAGUGCUUCGAUUACCUGGCUGGCUGUCGUGAAACUACGAGGCAACGUCAGAUCGCAGGCACAGUUAGCAACGGCUGACCAAAUAGAAGUGCUGUACCAAUUGCGAUUAAAUCUGAAGUCAUGUCAACAUCAGAUGAGGUUGAUCAAGCAAGAGUUCAUGAUCCGCUUCUUUCCUCCGACCGCGCUACUUCGGUCGAAAUACAAUAUACUAGCCAAACAAGGACUCUGUACUUGGAAUCCGAGGUAUCAGGCAGCUGGUUUAUCUGGCUAUUGACAUUUUCAGCAGGCAUCAGUGGUCUCCUGUUUGGUUACGACACCGGAGUUAUCUCCUCGACUCUAGUUUCGGUGGGAUCGGAUCUCUCGCAUCGAUCUCUCACAACUCUUGACAAGAGCUUGAUCACUUCUUGUACGAGCUUGUUCGCCCUCAUAGCGAGUCCACUCGCUGGAGUUCUAGCAGAUAAACUCGGUCGUAGGAAGAUCAUUCUCCUAGCAGAUUUAUUAUUCAUCAUAGGUGCCUUGGUCCAGGCAGUCGCCCCUCAAGUAUGGGUCAUGAUUGUUGGGCGAAGCCUUGUUGGCUUAGCUGUUGGUAGCGCAAGCUUGAUUACUCCUUUGUAUAUUUCAGAACUCGCUCCAUCCCAUGAAAGAGGAAGACUUGUAACCAUAUUAUGCCUGUUCAUAACAGGCGGCCAAGUGGUUGCGUAUAUCAUAGGGUGGUUGUUUUCAACCAGAUCAAGCGGUUGGCGGUUUAUGGUUGGACUUGGGGCACUUCCAGCGAUCAUUCAACUUGUUGUUCUCUUGCCUCUUCCUGAGACUCCUCGCUGGCUAGUUCAAGCAGGAUCCGACAUCGAAGCCAUGGAUGUUUUGAUCAAAGUAUUUCAAAACGACCCUGACCGAGGACUCAUUUCGGAGCAGAUAUUAAAGAAUAUCCGCAAGGAGAUGGCCGAAGAAGAACAGGAGCUAGGCCACAGGAAGGACUCACAUCUGGGAGCACAAUGGGCCCAGGAUGCCCUCCAGCGUGCCCGCGAGUUAUUCGGCACUGGUGGAAAUAGGCGCGCAUUGAUCAUCGCGGUUUCACUGCAAGGGUUACAACAAUUCUGUGGCUUCAACAGCCUGAUGUACUUUUCCGCGACCAUUUUCUCCAUCUUGUCUUUCUCUUCACCAACUCUGACAUCGCUUUCUGUGGCUGUGACAAACUUUAUUUUCACUCUGCUUGCAUUCUCUCUCAUCGACAAGAUCGGUCGAAGACGCAUUCUACUGUAUUCGAUCCCGCUUAUGAGCCUAGCUCUUGCCGUUUGCGCUGUUGCCUUUUCCUCGGUGGAUUGGCUGGAUAUGCAAUCGAACGAGCCUCGACAUGCCGGCAAUUCAAGCCACAGCAUGUUUCUUCCGGCAAUGAUUCUUCUUUGCCUGAUUAUAUAUACCGCAUCUUACGCCUUUGGCCUCGGGAACGUUCCAUGGCAGCAAUCCGAGCUUUUCCCCCUCAGAGUACGUGCUCUUGGGUCCGCACUCGCUACGGCAAUGAACUGGGGAUCGAAUUUCGUCGUUGGUCUGACAUUUCUACCAAUGAUGCAAUUUUUAUCUCCUGGCUGGACUUUCGCUGCGUACGCUGCAGUCUGUGCAAUUGGCUGGGUUCUGCUUUGGAAAAUCUACCCAGAACUUAGUGGCUUGAGCUUAGAGGAUGUGAAAGGAAUUCUUGAAGAUGGCUGGGGAGUGCAAAAAAGUCUCAGUAAGAGACGGGAAAACCUAGGAAGAUAA